AUGUCUUGCAACUGCAAAACAAACGUCUUUGGCAAGCUUAAGGAGCUUGCGGACUCCAAAGUCUGUAGCAAAUGGGAUGUCCUCAUGGUUCUCGGCGAGAUGCAAAAAGAGAUUGGCAGACUUCUCACGGAGACAGUAGCCGCCAACGACUGUCCAUGCCACGGAAACUGUGUGAAAAAGCCACCAAAGACUGUCCAGGACUUCCUCGACCAUAUCAACAGCGUCCUCAAGGACCAAGGACUUAGUGACUUCUACAAGCCCGAUGACCCACGUCUGAAGGAAAUUGCCGAGAAGGCCGCCGAAUAUGCCAAAAACCAUCCUGACGGUCCUCUUGGAAAGCCGGAAGAUACCGCAGAUCUCUGCCAGCUCGGUCUCUACGACAAUAUCUGUUUCCUCGACGACAGUGGCUCCAUGAAAGAAGAUAACCGUAUCCCGUCCCUCAAAGAAAUUCUCAAGCGUGUCGUUUCAAUCACAGGUCUUCUCGAUUUCGACGGUAUUCAAAUAAGAUGGAUCAACUAUGCCAACGAUUCCACCAUGAAUGACAUCUACGAGCCGGCUGGAUUGACCCCGAUCUUUAACGUUGUCAAAUUCGACGGGUCGACUCCUUUGGGGACGAGGCUGAAGCAGAAGGUUGUGGACCCGAUGAUUGUGGCGAAGCUGGCGGGAAAGAAACUGAAGAAGCCAAUUAUUGUGAGCAUCAUUACAGAUGGUGAACCCAACGAAGAACCUGUAGAUCAGCUCCAGACGACAAUCAAAGAGUGUAAAGACGCACUCGUGAAGAACGGCUACAAGGAGAAUCACGUUUUGUUCCAGAUCAGUCAGAUUGGUAACAGCAAAGGCGCUGAGAAAUUCCUCAAUGACCUUAAAAACGACAAGAACAUCCGUAGACUUCUCUACCUCACAUCUGGCUCUCUUGAUAAGACGUUGGAGCUGUUCCAUGAGCGCGAGAAUGAGCUCCAAAGAUGGUUACUCGAUACCAUGUUGGCGCCCACUCGCCCAGGUGCUUCUGGUCCUUAA